AAAAUGUCUGGAGAGGAGCACAGUCUAUCCGAGGCAGAGUUGAGUCCCGGGGGCUCAGAUGAUGGUCACUCUCUGUCACCGGCACACUCCGGGGCCACCGGCGGCCGGGACUCCCCGCUCAUCGGUCCGUCGCAGCAACUGACGGGGCUUUCUGAGGUGGAUAUGGACCGGUUCCCCAUCGGCAUCCGCGAGGCGGUCAGCCAGGUGCUGGACGGAUACGACUGGACGCUCGUGCCCAUGCCCGUGCGCGUAAACAACGGGAACAAGAGCAAGCCGCACGUGAAAAGGCCGAUGAACGCCUUCAUGGUGUGGGCGCAGGCCGCGCGCCGUAAACUGGCGGACCAGUACCCUCACCUGCACAACGCGGAGCUCAGCAAGACACUCGGCAAACUGUGGAGGCUCCUGAAUGAGAGUGACAAGAGGCCUUUCAUUGAGGAGGCGGAGCGACUGCGGAAACAACAUAAGAAGGACUACCCAGAAUACAAGUACCAGCCCCGCAGACGCAAGAACGGCAAGCUGGGGACCAAUGGGGAGGGAGUGGAGGGAGCAGAGGGGGAGGGCAGCCACGCCCAGACCCAUUACAAGGCCCUCCACCUGGAUGUGCACAGUACAGGGGCUGGGUCCCCCCUGGCCGACCUCCACCACCAUCAUCACCACCACCCUGCAGGUCAGGGUCACAGCCCGCCAACACCCCCCACCACCCCAAAGACAGAGCUCCAGUCUGGAAAGAUGGCGGAGGGGAAGAGGGAGGGCGGAGCGGGCGGGAAACCCCACAUCGACUUCUGCACCAUGGACAUCGGCGAGAUCAGCCACGACGUGAUGGCCAACAUCGAGCCCUUCGACGUCAACGAGUUUGACCAGUACCUGCCGCCCAACGGGCACCCGGGGGUCGGCCAGGGCGGCGGCGCCACACCAAGCUCCUCCGCUACAUCCUACGCCUACGCCCUCGCCGCCGCCAGCGGUCACUCAGCCGCCUGGCUCUCCAAGCAGCAUCAGCAUCAACAGCCCUCCCCCUCAGACGCCACCAAGGCCCAGAUCAAGAGUGAGUCCGGGGCCGGGAGCCACUACGCAGAGACUUCCUCCUCUUCGUCAGGAACCCACGUCACCUACACCCCCCUCAGCCUCCCCCACUAUGGAUCAGCCUUCCCCUCGCUGCCCUCCAGGGCACAGUUUGAGUACGGGGAGCACCAGGCUCCGGGGCCGUACUACGCCCACUCCAGCCAGGCCCCGGGGCUGUACUCAGCCUUCUCCUACAUGGGGCCCAGCCAGAGGCCCCUCUACACUACCAUCACUGACCCCUCCAGCGUGGCCCAGUCUCACAGUCCUACACACUGGGAACAGCCUGUCUAUACCACCCUGUCACGGCCAUGA